CGCCCGCACUCAAAAGCGACAAGUGACUCAGUCAGUCCAAUACGAAACGCGUCGCGGUAAAAGUAAGGGAGAGAGAGAGAUAAACGAGAAGACAAGACACAGAGAACAACACUAGAAAGACGACGAAAAGGUAAACAUCAUGGCUGUUGUGCAUAAACUGUUGUUACUACGCGACCGCCUCCAUCAGUGUUCGACACCGUUUCAAAUCCAGUGCUAAAUCAAUCAAAUCAUACAAACUAUGCGCCAUUAUAAUCAAAUCUAGUGAGAGUGCUAUAAAUUUGACACCAGUGGGACACCUACCUAUACAGUUAAAUCAUCGCAGAAUGUGAACCUGCUUGUUGCUGUCAAAAGAGAAUAGGCGAAAAAAAAAGGAAUAGCAGAGAAAGAAAGAGAAAUAGGGAGAUAGUGAACGAUCAGGUUAUACGUCGAUAUGGAAGUGGGCGUCGACAACUACCUGCACAAAAAGUUCAAGAAACAGUUGAGCAUCGACCACCACCGGCCGCAGAAUGACAAAGAGAACAAAGACUCGUCCAGAAACGUGGAGUCGCGCGAGGAAAAAAACCCCACCAUCACCCCCCUGAUCUACGACCACUCCACAGCCCCCACCACCAUAGUCACAGUGCCAAAUCCAAGUACAAACCCACCCAGUUCCACCACAAAGUCUUCCAUAUCAGUAGAAAUCAACACGGGGGUACCCGCCCCAUUGAAACGGAGCAUAUCAUACGCUGAAUACGACCCAAUCACCAACCAACGUGUGGUGGCAUCGCCACAACAAACCAUUACGUCUUCCAGUGCGGCAGAUGAUCUUAGUUAUUACAGAAGAGACUCCUGUACUCCGCCAAACAAUGAGGAAUAUGACGGUAUGAAAUCGGACGAUCCUCAGUCAACUCCAGAUAAAAACUCCACCGGAAAGUACGUUUGUACGUACUGUAACUUAGUUUGCUCGAAACCCAGCGUCUUACAGAAACACAUCAGGGCCCAUACGAACGAAAGACCUUACCCUUGUAACAGCUGCGGGUUCAGCUUCAAGACUAGGUCGAAUUUGUACAAACACUGCAGGUCGAGGACCCACGCGAACAGGCUCAACAAAGCACAGGAAGAAAUCACUGGUGAGGUUUUCAAGCAAAACAUAAACCACUCAGUUCAUCAAGGGAUGGAAAUAUCUGAAAAUGCCUCGGGAGAUUUAAAAAAUAAACCGUAUAAACCCCGAUUUCAUACAGUCAAAAGGUUCCUGGAUAAAGAAGCUUCAGAAGAUGACAGGGGGUUCAGUAGUACAGACCUUUCGCAUCAUAUCAACGAGAUUAUCAGCAAAAACAACUCGAUCAUCAACUCAAACGAUCACGGAUUGCUUAAAAAACGAUACUCGGACUCGGUAGAUAGCGUUAACAAUAACGAAUACGUGCAGCAAAGAGUUAACAGGCUUGAAGGAACGUACGUUGCUGACCCCAAGCCUGAAGAACCUCUGAAUUUGACGAAUAAAAACAGAAAAAGGUCUAUGAGCGAGGUGGCGGAACCAGUAAUACAAAAAAGCCUCAUCAAGGAGCUGUUAUUGAAGAGCCUUUCCUCCGAUAUGCAAUGCCUGUACUGCAAGAUGAUCUUCCAAACUGUCACUGAGCUGGAACUUCACAAACUCAGAAGCUGUAAAGGUAAACCCUCAGACGCCAAAUACACCAGAAGUAGUUCGGUGAAUGUGGCAUCAAUCCUGACCAAAAACAAGAACGCCUUUGACAGUAUGCCUCAGUUCCAGAACAGACUAUUUCCUCUAAAUUCUCCUGGGCCAUUUUUGGGUAAAACCAGACUGGUUGAAAGCGACAAAAGUAAGUCUUUCUCGUUCGACGGUGUGAAUAUUCCCUUACCAAUAAGUCCAGGAGAUCGCACUCCACGCUCACCCAAUUACUCACUCUCUCCGUUACCUUUUAAAGAUGACAGGAAUAAGGCUGUGAAGAUGUUUGGAGGUCAGGUAAAGGUCCACAGUGGGGGUGGGGAGACUAAAAGCUUUCGUAUCGAGAACAAAGAAGAUAAACAGGAAGUCGAUAGUGGUUUUGUCGAGUAUGGUGGCAAGUUAAGUGAAAAUCGUGUGGUUAAAUCGAGUCUUCAAUCUGGAGGAACGGUUUUGACUAACCAAGCUAACAAGGAAGAACGAAGGGUGUACUACGACGUGAUACGAGUAUACGAGAACACUUCAGUGUCUCCUAACAUCGACAUGGCGAAUUUGGGAAAGCCUCACUUCAACUAUGAGAAAAGAGAGGAGAAAGUAUCAAUUUCUGAACCUCCUCUACGACCACCUCUUGGUGACGUGGUGCUUUCAAAGAACGAAGUCCCUAGUCCUUCACACAAAUACACCAACAUCGCGGAUUUCAGUCAAAACGCCAUAAAACUCCUCACGCCGAACAUCAAACAACCCAGCAUCUCCCUUUCCAGUCUCGUUAUACCUUACAACGAUCCGAAACCAAGCUUGGUUUUGCACAGUCCCAGACUUAGGAAUGAGGAAGUUAUCACUCCCUCCGAGAACGAGAUUGAGGGAAAAUUCAGUAAAAAACGAACCGUUUUGGAGAAGCAAAUGGACAUAUCUUCGCCGGUGAGUAAUCUUUAUAACCCCAUGAAUUUAUUUGUUAACGGAAAGGUAGUUAGAUAUGUCCCUGGUAUUCCUGGACCAAUAGCCGCAGAAGGACCGAUUGAAAUGAUGUACGGGAGUAACAUCGUGGCUGUGGGAAAGCCUCAGAAAGAAAUACUAUCUCCCAUGCAACCUCCGGUUAUUUUGGACAGGAUAAUUUCACCCAAACCGACUCAAACAACUCAAAAAUCCUUUCUUUCUGUAGAAAAACUUACAGAAAAACCCACACUUUCCAGAAUGGAGCCUCCAGAGAACAAAACAAGUCUCAGCGAACGGAGGAGUCCUCUUAAACUCCCUGAGCAAAGAUCUCCGUCUAAGGAACUUAAAACAAGCAGUUCAGAAACGUUGGGGGAACCGAAAAAGUUCAUUAGGCCGAAUAGUCUCGCUCUAAAACCGACCACAGCAGCUUUGAAGCUGAAUCACGGGCUUACACCGACUAUUUUCAAUCAGAUUCUGAUCAGUCCUGAUACUCCCAGAGUGGCGAAGAAGUACGCUCAACAGUUCCUGAACGGCAACUAUUUCACGUACUUGGGAUUAAAGAGUUCCACGAAGCCUGUGUACUGUACCCUGAACAAGACCCAGCCUUUUUAUGUGCCCCAUUUUAAGAAAUUGAGCAUGUAUUCGGAAUGGAGACAGCAAGAUACGAAAAAUGACAGGUUGUACGUGAGUGCUUACGAUUCCAGGCAGAAGAACCAGAGGUAUACCACUGCUGGGAAGACUGUAGCGGAUUUGAUCAUACAUUCUAGUUAUAAGUUUGUGGUAUCAGAAUUGCCUAGCAAAAAUGACAAGAGCGAUGAUGGUUCCAAAUCGCUUGUCGGUGGUUACGAAAGUACCGAGGACUCGCCAUACGUCAGAGGAAGAGGUAGAGGUCGCUACGUCUGUGAUCAGUGUGGAAUACGCUGCAAGAAGCCUUCCAUGCUUAAGAAGCAUAUCAGAACACACUCGAAUGACAGACCCUAUACUUGCAGCCAUUGCAAUUUUAGCUUCAAGACCAAAGGAAACCUGACGAAACACAUGAAAAGCAAGUCGCAUUCGAAGAACUGCAACGACGGUGAAUCUUCAGGUCCCUCAGCUCACAUGAGCGCGUCCCAGAGCUCAGGAUCGGAUACGGAUGACAGCGGCAUGGAUAGCAGCGAUGAAUCGUUGACCCGACAACAAGAACAUGAAGCAGCUUAUGGAUUACUUUCUUUGUCUCAGAAAACCACCUCAAACGCUACGGGAGUCUCAGAGAUCCUAAGCCCUUCCGGCAUGGCACAAACGGGCAGUUCUUCCUCGAACAACGACCAGAUCAUGACCACGGAAGAGAUAGCUUACGUCAGCAAGACCAACUACGCCAAAAACAAGUUCCUCGAUAACUUAAACUACAAGCCUAGCAAGGAAAUCGGUGAUAAUAUCUCUAGCGAAGAAAGAAACGAUUCUAGGGACGAAGAACAAAGUCUGGCAACGUAUCUGGGCAAAACCACAAUGUCCAGGCCUUUGACUUAUCCGUACACCUCUUUGCUGGUUUCUGGAAGUAAAGAGGUACAAACACCGGUCUUUGAAGAAGUUAAAAGAGUGAUAGCAGAAGAAAAAUCGGAACCCAAGAACAUAAAACAGUUUCACGUGAUACAAAAGUAUGCUGCCCCUCCUUCGCCGGAACCUGCCUAUCCAGAACCACCUAUAGAAAGAACUGUAAUCAGUAAAGUACCAAACAACGUUCCCAAGUACCUUGCCAGUCCCGUUCCGACCUUGAAAGUAAACGAUGUGGUUAUCCAGGACAAUCCUUCGGAAAGGAAACGGAAAAUCACUUUUGCUGACAGUAACUAUCAGGGGAAAGUACACAGAAACGACGAGGUAAUGGAUUUAUCUAUGGCAAACAGUGAAAAAAGGGACGUACAUCCUGUUCCCGAGCCUGGAACGUUUAUAACCUAUGAAGAGUUGAAAAUGAACCAAGAAAUAUACUCCCAACCUCGGAAUUACUCGCCUAGAAGCCCCCAAACGACUGAAAAAGAGCCUCUACUCAUACUCAAGCAUCAAACACCUCACGAACCGCCUCCUCAAACUCACUACAGCUACCCUGAGAGUGAUCCUCAAAACACCAACAGCAGUGACGCUCCGAAAAUCGUGGAAUACGACAACAGCGCUAUGGAGACUUUGGCGGACGUGGCCACCAAGCAGGUGAAGUUGGAGAAGAAUAUGCUGGCUAAGAGCGUGGCCACAGAGUACUUGAAGCUGAUGACGCAGAACGAGGGACCGGAAGGUGGUACCAGGGACGUGGGGGCCUUGAUAGGGUUGCACAAAGAUGUUAACGAUCUCCUUGUCAAGCCUGAGGGGAACAAGAGCUGUUCUAUCUGUUCGAAAAGUUUUAACAAGCCUUCGCAAUUGAGGUUGCACAUGAAUAUACACUACCUAGAGAGACCCUUUCGUUGUGAUUCGUGCUCUGUAAGUUUCAGGACCAAGGGGCACCUACAAAAACACGAAAGAAGUGCUAGUCAUUAUAGUAAGUUAUCCUCAUCUCCCGCCCAAUCCUCGUCAGAGCCGAGGCCUUUCAAGUGUUCAGACUGCAACAUAGCGUUCAGGAUACACGGCCACCUGGCCAAGCAUCUGCGCUCCAAGAUGCACAUCAUGAGGCUGGAAUGCCUGGACAAGAUACCUUUUGGCCUGUACGCGGAACUGGAGCGGUCCAACAGUUUGUUGACCGAAAUCAAUACUAGCGACGUGGACCAAUGCCUAGAGAGUUUAAAGACUUUAGCGAAAAAAGUGUUUAUCAAUGAUCCGAACAAGCUCCAAACGAUUUUCACCAAUCACCAAGCGGAGCAUCCCGGAUCAAAUAUCAACCAAAAUAGUUAAUAACUAAUUGACGUAUGUAAGCUACAACUAUUUAUUCAUUAGCUACAACUAUAUUUUAUACACAUCAAGACUGAACCGACAUAGGGAAAAGCUAGAUAAACAAGAUUUAUACAUUUUAUACGUAUUGUUUUUAGCGAGAGCUAGAGCUAGAAUUUUAUAAAAUAUAACAAUUAUUUUUUUAGUAAAGAACGAUAAAUAGAUAGAAACCGCGAAAGACAUUAUUAUUUAGUAAUCCUUUAUUGUAGAAUUAUACAUAACUAAUUAUAUUAAAAAUAUGUUAAAUGACCCGAAAUGAGAUGAUUUUUUUAUAAUACUAGUUCAAAACUUUAAAUGUUCCAGUUAUCGAGAAAAAAAACGGCGUCGAAGACAGUCAAGGUCAAGCCCUAAACGGCCUUAAGGAUAGGUUGUAAUUUAUUUUUAUAUUGAAUAAAAACGAUUUUCAAAAACGAGUCUAGAGAUUGACCUUGCCAAAUUAUGAUCGGUUUCAUUCCCAGCCCUCUUUGACGCCGUUUUUUUUUUUCGAUCAUACGGUAAUCAUAUAAAAUAUUAUACAGGGUGUCUCUGAAAAUACGAGUAAACGAUAGAUCUGGACAAAAGAAACAUAUAUUUUCUCUUAACCGUUUUUAUGAUAACUUGUGACACUGUAUAUUGAGACACCGGGUAUAGUAUCAGAAACGAAAUAUUUUGAACGUUUAGAAGAUUUGAGUUGGUAUUUUGAUUGUUAUGGUUGAAUCGUGAGAGUGUGGUAGUUUAAAAAAGAUAUUGUACACUUUGAUUUUUUUAUUGUAUCAAAAUUAAUACAAAUUUUCAUAUACAGGGUGUUUCAAAACAAAUGCGAAAAACUUCAGGGGGUGAUUCCUUGUUCAAAAUAAAGGGUAGUUUG